ACUUGCUGGUAGCUUCUGAGGUUGAUGAUGGAAGCAGCAGACCCUCUCUGCCUCACUGCUUCCCUCCCGUAAUCACUGGGAUGGAAAUAAAAGCUCAGAUGACGUAGUUGCUGGCUGCAGCUUCAGUUCUGUGCACUGGCGAUGGACCGCUGUGAGAAACAGCAUAUAUUCUGAUCCACCGUAUCAAAUAUAUCAUCAUGUCACGAUACACUCUGCCAGUACACGUUCAGAUCCUGCUGGCUGUGGGUUUGGCUGUGCUCUGCUUCUGUCUUGUUCUCUGUUGCAUCCUGUGCUGGUGCAGAAGGAAGAAUAUCUCAUCAAAGGACAAAGAAGCAGUUUUCCAAUCUCCUUGUAAAGCGCCUGCUGAACACGUGACUGUGACAUUGACACCAACCCUUUCCACCCAACCCAUCAAGCAGCAGUAUGAAGAGCUCGAUGGGGAUGUCUUGGAAUUUCCUUCCUUGAAAAGCAGCUCUUCCCCAUCUGAGGAUGACCUCACUGCCCUGCCCAUUGACCAAAGCCCAUCUAGGUCUGCUGAGCCAGCAUGGUCUCCAAGGUCCUCUUUCCCAAUGCGACGCCUCAGUACCCCAGCUGUUCCCUGCACACCACGUAAAUUUUCUGUUCCUGACCGAGCCUCAUUGCCUUCCCUCACUAAGCUGAGCCUUGUGUCCAAAUCUCGUCGGGCAACAGCUAGACGCAGUACUAUAAGUGGUGAAAACUUCCUCUUCAAUGAAAGCAGUCGACUAACUGCUAAAAUGUCUACUGCUGCUGUCCAGCAGGGAGAGACCAGUCUGCCUCAGUAUGGCUCUAACUCCCUGUCCAUCCCAUCCAAGGAAGCUGCGCUCCUACACUUCUCCCUGCUGUUCUCCUCUGCCUGUGGAACCCUGCUGGUCAACAUUCUAGGGCUCUCAGGGGUAAGCCGAAGACGCAGUGGGGUGUUUGUCCGGGUGAGCCUUCCACCACUUUGCUCCUCCCCUCAGCAGAUAGCCACAAGGCGCCGCAGCCUCAGUCCGGAGCUCCAAAGUCAGAGCUGUGUGCUGGAGGUGGGCUCUCUGGAGGAUCUUCAUGCCUGCACUUUGAGAUUGGCUGUAUACAGCAGAGACUUUUCUGGUCUAAGGGAGGCUUCCCUCGGUGUGGUGGAGCUCCCCUGUGAGCAGGUGCAUUGGGAGACUGAAACCACUAUUACAUACACCAGGCAGCUCAGCCCAAGUAAAAGCAAGAUGAAAAAGAGUGUGAGUUCUCAGGAAACGCUAAGUGCACGGAAGAGUUUCGUUUGUGUUCCAAGAGCUUUGGGUCAGGUGUUCAUCCUGUUGCAAUACCAGACACUGGCACAACGUAUCAAAGUCAUGGUGCGAAAAGCUGAGAAUCUGGCCAAGCUUACACGAAUCCCAGGAACUCCAGAUCAUUACAUCAUCAUCAACCUAUGUCUGGAAAGGAAAGUGAUUGGUACCAAGGAAACCAAAGGGGUCAGUGGUUCAAAUCCUGUCUGGAAUGCUCCAUUCCUGUUUGACCUGCCCCCUGGUGACAUCACUGAGCUGCCAUUGGUCCUUGAGUUUAUAGUCAUGCAGGGACGUCUGUACACAAAGAGCAGUGUUCUGGGUCGAGUGUUGAUUGGAAACAAAGCUCCAGAGGCGGGACAAGGACAUUGGAGGGAAAUGUGUAGUAGGGGUCAAAUAGAAACUGCUCGCUGGCACGCCAUCCAAUCAGAUCUCUUAUAGAAAUAAUUGAUAGCCCAUAGGAGCGAGUUACUCUCCUUGUGCAGAGCGAGUCCACUGGUUACAGAAAUAAGUGAAGACAGAAAAAAAUUGAGCUGAUACUUCUGCAACUUAUAGUCUCUUUUGCAAAUCAUGUGUAUUCUAUCUGUUCUUCAGCUUAUCAAAACUCCACUUUUGGACAAUUUUGUAGCAACAGCAUGAUUAAUAUUUGACUGUGUCCUCUAUCGACAUUUGACAGCUGUAAUUGAAUUAAGUUGAAAUCAUAUUGGUUGAGAGAAACUGGCAACAUCCUUCUUACAAACAUCCAGAUGGUUAAGAAAUAUGGAAGAAGAACCUUGUCUUCUGCUUAGUCAGUGUCUGAAGAAAUGCAUCAGGAGGGUUAUGCCUGUUUCCCUCGUGCCAUUGCAUUGUUCAUCCACGCUAUGUGACUGUUUCACAGUGACUUUCCAUGCCAUUGUUGUUGUACAGUGAUUUUGGAAAUCUGUUUGUGUAGUGUCAAGAGGCUAUGUUCAUGUUGACGUGUUCUGAAACAUAUAUAUUUUUUAACUGCAUGGUGAGUUUCUGUGAUCAUCACGUCAAGUCAAGUUCAGUCAAGUGAAGUCUGGGACCAUGAGCUGGUGCUGUGCUUUGCUGCAUGCACAAUGCCAGAGAAUACCCUUGAGCCCUGGAUGGCAACAACCCAGGCAGACAUCCUGUCCAUUCCCCCAUCUCUAAAAUAACAUCUAUCUACCACAGCCAGCUGAAAUGUGGGCUGAGACACUACUCAGCGGUGUACCAGCUCACAUGCCAGCCAAAGUGUCCUACAGGUCAGACAUAGAGCUUACACUGCCCUCUGCUGUUAGCUUUGUGUAAGUCAUGUUUCAAUGAUGCUGAUCUAUUUAAGUGUCAUAUAAAGCAAAUAAUGAAUGUUUUCCAUUCAUGCAAUGGUAUGAAUAUCUGCAUGAGUUGAAAAAUGGAACUUUCAUUCAAUGAGGCAUCAAAAUUCAUUAUUUGUAUAUAUUAUUUGUGAUUCACUGUGGUGAAUUACCAUGUUAGUAUUUGCACAUAUACUGCAAAGCC